UUUCAGAAGUUGUGAAAAUCUAUUCAUCAUCAAUUUGAACAUAGAAGCAUAUCUUCUGUAUUAAAUCAUUUGUUUGGUGAUUUUUCGCUUCAUAUCAUUUUAAAAUUACUGCACAUAUGAUACCAAGAAUUUUGGAACUAUUGUACUGUUAUUAUUCUGGACUAUAUUUGGUCAGUUUUCAUUAGCAUUAAAAUACCCUGUACAGGUUAAUUUAAUUUAACCAUAAUUAUUUAUUUUUUAUAGGAUAGAUGAAUCGAAUUCCAGGAUGUUCAAUUUGUCUUAUUUAGGACUUGAUCAGAUGGAUAUUCUUGCUACAUGUUAUUCACUGAACUACUAAACCCAGAUAUCUGUUAGGCUGUACAACAAGUUUGAAGUUAAUUCAUAAUUCUUAAAAACACCAAGCAAAAAACAUGAAUCACAUCUAUUUCUGCUGAACCGUAUCACUUCUUCAUAAGUGAUGAUUUCAUUACAAUACAACUUUUAUUAUUCUGAUCGAAAUCAAUAACUUUGGUUUUGUGAAUCCAAGACUUCAUUCUAAACUUUCUCUUUUAGAAAAAAAAAGGAGGAAAAUUUUUUAAAUAAAUAUUUUGUCCUUAAAUUAUUUUCUUUUCCUAUUAUUAGAAAUAAUGAAACAAUCGAACUGACCAAUCAGAUACAAUUAUUUUUGAGAAGUUAUUUCCACCAAUUCAAAUAAACUCAAUAAUAGCUGAUUGGGAAUUUGUAUAUAAAUUGCUAAGAUUUAAAAUAUACUAGUUUAUAUCUAUUCUUGUUAAUUAUCUAACUGUAAAUUGUAGAUAUAUAUAUAUAAUACAUUUCAAUAUUUACAUUGAUAUCUGGUUAUUCACUUUAAAAAAACAACAACUAAUUACUCAUGAAUUCAUCUAUAUACUAUUUACCAAGAGUACAAAUGGCCUUUCAUUCAUUAGAUUUAUAUUAAAAGUGAGAUGAUCAACAAGGAAUAACUAACCCUAAUUGAUACAUUAUAUAUUUUAUAUAAAUUUUUUUCUUUUUAUAUACAAAUACAUAUAUCCAUACAACAAAUAAAACUAUUAUGUAAUAAAAUGCCUCAGAAACCAAGAAUACAAAUUGGAAUUUCAUGCAGAAAUAUACCCAAAUUACUGAAUGCAUCAUACGCCAAAUUUUCAGUAUCUUACGGUGGUUAUCUACACGAAAAACAUGUAACUGAAACUGAACUUGUUUAUAAUAAUCUUUCACCAAAUUAUACUACACGUCUUAAUUUGGAAUAUUGUUUUGAAGAGAAACAAAUUAUAACAACAGAAAUAUUUGAAUGUGACCGUGAAGAUCGAGAGAAUUCGGUUCUUCUCGGUUAUAUACAGUGUACUGUUGGCCGUGUGAUCCAUAGUGGUGGUGAACUAAUUUUACCAAUAACAUGGAAUGAAGAUAUUCAAGUUGAUCGAAAUACAUCAACAGAAGUGGUCGUUUGCAUUCGAGAAGAUCCUUUUUCUAAAGAAAAUAUUUUUAUUAAAAUGAAUGGAGCAAAUUUGGAUAAAAAAGAUUUUUUUGGUAAAUCAGAUCCAUAUGUAAUUAUCUAUCGAAGAAAUGAACGAGGAAAAUUACAAAAAUGUUACCGAAGUGAAGUGAUCAAGAAUACGUUAUUUCCAGACUGGAAACCGAUUCUUAUAUGUUUAGAUAGAUUGUGUGGAGGGAAUAUUGAUUGUGAAUUAUAUUUCCGAUGCUUUGACUGGGAUGGAGCUGUCGGUGAUUCUGAAGAUGUUGAUACAGAAAUUGAUGAUCUAAUUGGUGAAUUUAAUACAACUGUUAGUCGUUUGUUGAACAGUAAUGAAAAUGGAAUUGAAUUUCAGUUGAUUAAUAUGCCGAAGAAAAAACGGAAAAAAUGCUAUCAGAAUUCUGGUCUACUUACUGUAAAAUUAUAUUUUGCUCAAUCGAAAUUUUCAUUUCUUGAUUAUAUAUUUGGUGGUCUUAGUAUAAAUGUAGUUGUGGCUGUCGAUAUGUCAACUCAUGCUUCAAUGAAUUCAAUAACAAAUACACCCAGUCAACAAAUAGAAUUAUCUCAAUCUCAUACAGAAUAUGAAGUUGCUAUACAAGCUGUAAUGGAAAUACUUCAAGAAUAUGACAGUGAUCAACUAUUUCCUGCUUUUGGAUUCGGUGCAAAGGUUUCAUCAGGUGGUAAAUUAUCUCAUAGAUAUCCAUUAAAUGGGGAUGUAAACAAUUGUUAUUGUAAAGGUAUGACAGGAGUACUUUCAGCUUAUAGGCGUUGUUUAACCGAUUUAUAUUCAUCUGGUCCAAUAUUAUUUGCACCAAUCAUUCGAGAAGUUAGCGAAGCAGCUAAACGAAGUGAAGCAGCUGAUAAUUAUUAUGUUUUAUUAAUAUUAACUAAUGGUACUGUUGAUGAUUGGAUUGAAACUAAAAAAUCUGUAAUUGAAACUUCAUUUCUUCCCAUAUCUAUCAUUGUACUCGGUGUUGGUGGUGGAAAAUUUUCAGAAAUGGAAAUUUUGGAUCAAGAUUUUGGUUUACUGAAAGUUGGUCAAGAACAAGCUUGUAGAGAUAAUGUACAAUUUGUACAAAUGCGACGAUUUUUACGAUUAGCAGCUGACGGAUCAGAUAGUAUUCGUUGGAGUAAAGUAGCAUUAGCUAAAGAGGUAUUAGCUGAAUUACCUUCACAAAUUUUAGAAUAUUUGGACAAAAAUCAUCUUAGUCCACAACAUCUUGUACCUAGACAAGCAGAAAAACUCAGUGAUUUAACAAAUCCUGAUUGGUGGCGACGAUUUACUCAACCAUUAUCUGAAAAUCAAAUGAAUCCAAUAAGUAAUUUAUCUGAAGAUGAAAAUGAUGCUUUUCAACGUUUACAAUUAAUGGAUAAAAAUAAUCCAUCAACAAUAUCAUCAAAUUCACCAAUUAGUUCAACAUCAUCUGAUCAAUAUUAUUGUAAAUCUGGACAAAUAUUUAAUUUAUCUGAUAAUAAUGAUAAUAAUUCUACAUUAAAUGAAAUGAAAAGUUAUUCUAUGAAUCAAUCAUCCCCUAAAAAAUCGAUAAUACCAUUAUAUCGUCAAAUGUCAUUAGGUACAACAAAAUUAACAGAGAAUUAUCCAAUUAAAACACGUUUUCGACGUUUACCAAGUGGUGCAGAUACUAAUCGAAUUUCAUCAGCUCGAUCAAAUAUUAAUAAUACUACUGGUAAUAGUUCAAAAUAAACCUUUUUUUAAAAUAAAAAAAAUUGCUUCUCUUAAUUUAAUAAUAAAUCAAUAAAAUCGAUACAUAUAAAAUGAUGUAAAAUGUAAUUUCCUUCUCAAAUAUAAUUUUUUUCUCUCUAAUAAAACAAAAACAGAAAUAUGUUUGUUAUUUUAAAUGAUCGAUUUAUUGAUUUAUUGAUUGAUUGAGAUGAAUUUGUUUGUUUUUUGGUUGUUUUUGUGAAGGAGAAAUAAAAAAAAACGUGAAAACAAACGAUUUUAUUCCUGUGUUAAUUUAAUUGAAUAUUGUAAAUGUAAACCAUAUACAACUAUACUACUAUUAAUAAUAAUAAUCAUAAUCAUAAUAAAUAAAUAAACUUGAGACAUAGUAUUGUAUGAUAAUGAACUUUUUAAAGUGCCUCAUUGACAUUUGUUUUGUUGUUUUUCUUUUGAUAAGCUAACUCAUUAGACACAUAGAGAUGAUAGUAAUUUGUCACUGAUCAAUGUGAAAGUAGAUUAAGAAAAAUUGAAUAAAAUUACAAUGAUUAUGUUGUUUUCUUUCUUUUUUAAUUUUACAUACAUAUAUAACAAAUGAUGAACACUUCUAUUGACAUAUACAUAAUAUAAUGUGAAUAUAUUUUAUAUAAAUUCAUUGUUUCAUUCAAAUGUGUCCAUUAACAAGACAAUUAAUAAAGAAUCCUUUACAUUGAAUAUAUAAGUUAAAUGAAUCUACGAAUGAAAUCUACAAGAAUUUCUAUUUCUCCAUACUAUAACUACUACUGCUACCCCUACGACUACCACUACUACUAUCACUGCUAUUAUCACUACUACUACUAUCACUACGAAUACUAGCACUACAACUACCAGUACUACUAAUGAUACUAGUAAUGAUGAUGAUCGGGAUGAAGAAGAAGAAGAGAGUUUACUCAAAAUGACAACAUAAAUAAUCACCGGAAAUGUAAUCAAGUAAUAAUUAAACACUAGAAAUAAAUUAAUUUUUUCAUACCAACUCAAUAUAAGUGAAAAAUAUUUUUUUUCUUUUCUAACAAACAUACAAAAACAAUACAAACACUUGUUUCAUUGUAAAAUGGUUAACAAGAGAGAAAGAGGGGGGGGAAACAAAGAAGAUUAUCUUGUUUUGAUUGCAUUCAGUUAUUUGAGUUGUUUGUUUGUUUGUUCGUUUUUUGCACAACUCCUUGUGAAAUUCUAGAUAUAAAUAUAUAGAUUGGUUCUAUGUUUUGUAAUUUUCACUUUUAUUCUUUUCUCUGAUAUAUAAGAGUUUUGGCUUAUGAUUUCAUCAAUUUAUCCCUUUAUAUUUUUGUUGCUUAAAAUAAGCUAAA